AUGAGGAUCCGCAAGAGGCAAGUGCCUUUCCCUCUCUUGCCCGUGAAUCACUCAGAUCCCAACUUGAUCAACCAGUCACCGGUGAUGGUGCAACUCAGCCAUGCCACCACCACCUCACUCCACCCUUCUUGCACUUUUGGUCCGGCUGCUGCACCCUCACUCCACUUGGAUCCUCUUCAGCCGUCUGAUCAGCCUCUCUCACCGAUCGGAAAACCCACCAACGGCUCUGAUGAGUCAUCCGGAGAAAAAGGGACCCAGAACUUGAACCUGCUGCAGAAGAAGCAAGAAGACUCUUCGGUGGAAGAUGAGAGAAGGGAAGAACAAGGAGGGGGACAGAAGGGUAAUGAUACCAGGAAAGGAAGCAAAUCGUGUUCUGAGACAGUUUCAUCUUCAAGCUCUCUUAAACAAGAUGGGAGAUGGAGCGAGGGAGAUAAAGCUUUCCCACCCAAGAAACGAAGAGGGACCUUCGAGAGUGCAACAGAGGAUACCAGCAGCGAUGAUGAUAAUGAUAAGAAGAAUUCCAAGAGGAGGAUGAAGAUGAAGAGAACGAAGGCAAAGAUGAUCAGGAAGUAUUCGAGGCGAGGUGAUAGUAACCAAGCAGGAGGGGAAGAAGUAGAGGAUGAGAACGAAGAAGAGGUAACAAGAGAAGCGAAACCUCAAGUGCAGGUCGGUAAGAAGAGGGUAAGGGGUGGUGCAUUAAUGGAAGGUUCAAGGUGCAGUCGUGUGAAUGGGAGAGGAUGGAGGUGUUGUCAACAAACCUUGGUGGGUUACUCUCUCUGCGAGCAUCACUUGGGGAAGGGAAGGUUGAGAAGCAUGACAAGUGUGAGAAACAAGUCCAUUGGCACAAGCAAAUCUAGCGGUGCAUUAAAGAGCAAAAUGCCAAAAUCUGAGCCUUCAUUAACAACAAAGUCUAGCACUGUCACUGAAGACCCUUUGGGUGAUGAUGCUGAAAACAUCGAUGAGAAGAAGCCAGUGAUGGUCACAAAGAGGAGGAUGAAGCUUGGAAUGGUGAAAGCUCGAUCCAUAAGCAGCUUGCUGGGACAAACCAACACUGAAGUUGUUGCCAUAGCUGAGGACAAUGAUAUGGAUGAGAUUCUUGAGGAUGGAGAUGGUUUGGAUGGAGACUCCCAACACCAUUCCACAAGAGCCAUGACCUCCAACCAGUUGCUUGGGGGUGCCCACAACCUUGAUUAG